CCUGAAGUGCUGGGAAGGCCGGCAUGAGCCACUGUGCCUGACCUGGACUUCUCUUUUGACAUGCAGUCGUGGUGGCAAGAACACAGGCUCUGGAGCCAUUCUACUGCUGCUCCCUGCCUUGUGAUGUUGCCCAUCAGUAAAAAUGGGGAUAACAGCUGUAUCCAUUGCAUAGCACUGGGUUGUGAGGAUCCCAUCAGUCAAUGUGUGUAAGAACAGUGCUGGGCACCAUGCAUCCUGCGUGCACGUUAUUGCCAAGGGAAGCUGUCCCCAGAGGGUGGUGCCUGUGGCUUCCCCUGGUGGUGGUGGCAGACCAGCCCCCAGGGGUCUGGAGGGGGUCCCAUCCACCCCCUCCAUUGUGGAGGCCUUGUGUGCCAGGGCGGUCCUGAGAGCACCCACCUGUGUUACUGCUAUUCUGUUUUCCAGCUAUCUGGUUCUGUCAUUAUACAUUCUGGAAGACUUCAUCUUAAAAGCCUAUUGAAUUGCUCACUUUCCCCUCACGUUUUAUUUCUAAGAGCUCUUUCUCAUCCCAAGGUUUCUUUCUCUAUAGCCCCCAGUUCCUUUUUAUUGACUGUAAUAUCUCUGAGAAUGGCAUUUUAGUUUUCAUUUUUCUUCGGCUUCCUUUAUUGUCUCUGUUCCUUUUGAGUCCCUUUUCUUCUUUCUCAGGUGUCUGGUGAUCCUGGGCUGUCCAGUUGCAUUUAAGAGUGAGAUGCUUUUAGUGGCUGGGGCUUAUGACCUGGUGAGCUUCAAGGCCAGGGAUCUGGCUGGGCCAUUCUACUGGGCAACACUCUGCCCCUAGCUGCCCUGCCAGUCUUUUCUUUUGAGCUAGGAGCUGCUGCAGAGAGGAGCCCUCCUCUCUGAGAAGCCUGAUGGCAUGCGGUGGUCAGACCCAGCCCAGGGGUGGAGGCAGGGGUAGGACCCAGAGUCUCACUCCCAGGCUUUCAGACAGGGCCUUGCUUGAGCAGGGCCUCAGAGCUCCUCUCCUGGAGUUCACGUCUCUGACACUGCAGUGCCUGCCAGCCCUGGUGGGUAGGGACAGAGGUCUGCGGUUUCCUUUCUGUAGCUGUGCUUUCACCCACGACCCUCAGACACAGGCCUCCAUAGCCGGGUGGGCUGGAGUAGCUCUCGCUGUCUGCCUUCCUCCAGCUCUACAAUAUCCCAGCUCUUUGACCUUGCAGGGUUUGUCUUUAUAAAACCCCUUUCCUAUAAUUUCAGAGGGUUUCAGGAGGCAGGCGGGGAAUAUUCUGCCCUAUUUAAGUAGAGGUGUCUGUAUUAAAUUCUAAACGUUCCCAGGGUCGAAAGGAGGCCUGCCCGCGAUGCCUUGUGGCCUCAGGCAGCUGACAGUGCCUGAGCUUACAGAUGUGGCUUCUUCGGAUGACCAAGUUGGGGUCUCGGGACUGCGUGCAGCAGAUGGCAAACGUCCAGGACAGGCAGCUUUCCCAGCAAUACUGAUAGACACCUUGGGCCAUGAAAGCCAGUUCAGGGACUAAGGGGGCCUGCGGGCUGCGGGCCUAGCGACUGAUGUCUGCCAACCUACGGUCAUCGGUUCCCUGGAAGGAGAAAAGGCUGCCAAUUGAACAAGGCCUCCCGGCCCCAAGGAUGUCGCGACGCGGGGACGACGCAUCUCACGACGUGAGCCUGAAACGCGGGCCUUUCAUCACCUGAGACUCCUCCAGCCCAGGAGGGCCCCGCUCUUUCCCCUGCCUCCUGAGGGAGAGCUUCUGGACGACGCCCGCGACGGCGUUUUCUCCAAAAAAGGCAGAGAAAAGAAGCGUAGCAGUGGCCGCAAGGGCGAGGGGCGGCGAAGGGUACUACGCGCGCCCGCGUCGGCCACGCAGAGAGAUACGCCAGACUCGAGUCCCACGGCGCACGCCCCCAGACGCCCAAGGUGCGCGGGCCACGCCCCUCGCCCAGCCAAAAGCACGCCCCUUCCGUCGCCCCUCCCGGGGGCGUUAACCAUUCCUCCCCGCCCCGGAAGCGCGUUACUUCCUUCCCCGCGAGAGUUCCGUGCGCUGGCGCCCAGAUCGCGCGAGACAGCAGAAGGAGCAAGAGUGGGUGGCGCGCGCGGCGGCCGCGACGGACGCAAGAUGGCGACGGCGACCAUAGCUCUCCAGGUCAAUGGCCAACAAGGAGGGGGGUCCGAGCCGGCGGCGGCGGCGGCAGUGGUGGCAGCGGGAGACAAAUGGAAACCUCCACAGGGCACAGACUCCAUCAAGAUGGAGAACGGGCAGAGCACAGCCGCCAAGCUGGGGCUGCCUCCUCUGACGCCCGAGCAGCAGGAGGCCCUUCAGAAGGCCAAGAAGUACGCCAUGGAGCAGAGCAUCAAGAGCGUGCUGGUGAAGCAGACCAUCGCGCACCAGCAGCAGCAGCUCACCAACCUGCAGAUGGCAGCAGUGACAAUGGGCUUUGGAGAUCCUCUCUCACCUUUGCAAUCGAUGGCGGCUCAGCGGCAGCGGGCGCUGGCCAUCAUGUGCCGCGUCUAUGUGGGCUCCAUCUACUACGAGCUGGGGGAGGACACCAUCCGCCAGGCCUUUGCCCCCUUUGGCCCCAUCAAGAGCAUCGACAUGUCCUGGGACUCCGUCACCAUGAAGCACAAGGGCUUUGCCUUCGUGGAGUAUGAGGUCCCCGAAGCUGCACAGCUGGCCUUGGAGCAGAUGAACUCGGUGAUGCUGGGGGGCAGGAACAUCAAGGUGGGCAGACCCAGCAACAUAGGGCAGGCCCAGCCCAUCAUAGACCAGCUGGCUGAGGAGGCACGGGCCUUCAACCGCAUCUACGUGGCCUCUGUGCACCAGGACCUCUCAGACGAUGACAUCAAGAGUGUGUUUGAGGCCUUUGGCAAGAUCAAGUCUUGCACACUGGCCCGGGACCCCACAACUGGCAAGCACAAGGGCUACGGCUUCAUUGAGUACGAGAAGGCCCAGUCGUCCCAAGAUGCUGUGUCCUCCAUGAACCUCUUUGACCUGGGUGGCCAGUACUUGCGGGUGGGCAAGGCCGUCACACCACCCAUGCCCCUACUCACACCAGCCACGCCUGGAGGCCUCCCACCUGCCGCUGCUGUGGCAGCUGCUGCAGCCACUGCCAAGAUCACAGCUCAGGAAGCAGUGGCCGGAGCAGCGGUGCUGGGUACUCUGGGCACACCUGGACUGGUGUCCCCAGCACUGACCCUGGCCCAGCCCCUGGGCACUUUGCCCCAGGCUGUCAUGGCUGCCCAGGCACCUGGAGUCAUCACAGGUGUGACCCCAGCACGUCCUCCUAUCCCGGUCACCAUCCCCUCGGUGGGAGUGGUGAACCCCAUCCUCGCCAGCCCUCCGACGCUGGGUCUCCUGGAGCCCAAGAAGGAGAAGGAAGAAGAGGAGCUGUUUCCCGAGUCAGAGCGGCCAGAGAUGCUGAGCGAGCAGGAGCACAUGAGCAUCUCGGGCAGCAGCGCCCGCCACAUGGUGAUGCAGAAGCUGCUCCGCAAGCAGGAGUCUACAGUGAUGGUUCUGCGCAACAUGGUGGACCCCAAGGACAUCGAUGAUGACCUGGAAGGGGAGGUGACAGAGGAGUGUGGCAAGUUCGGGGCCGUGAACCGCGUCAUCAUCUACCAAGAGAAACAAGGCGAGGAGGAGGAUGCGGAAAUCAUUGUCAAGAUCUUUGUGGAGUUUUCCAUAGCCUCCGAGACUCAUAAGGCCAUCCAGGCCCUCAAUGGCCGCUGGUUUGCUGGCCGCAAGGUGGUGGCUGAAGUGUACGACCAGGAGCGUUUUGAUAACAGUGACCUCUCUGCGUGACAGUGGCCCCUCUCCCCGGACUUGCACUUGUUCCUUGUUUCCUCUGGGUUUUAUAGUGAUACAGUGGUGUCCCCGGGGCCAGGUGCGCUCUGCACAGCCCAGCCUAUAGUGCGGAUAAAGGUGCGGAUGCUACUGGCCCUGAA